UGACCCCGCAGGUGGGGAGAAUGCCUGUCCAGCCCCGGCACCUCUGUUACUGGCUGAUAAUCCCGCUCCUGCAGUGGGGGCGCGGGGAGCUGACCUACGGAGACCUCGAGGAUGAAAAUCAUUACCUGUAUUUGGAGGAGGAAGGCCCCUUUGCCGAGGAGGGCGGGUCAGCCCACUGCAGGGACACCUACCUGGAGUGGAUCACCCUGUACUGCUGGACCACCUUCCACGCCACAGUCAUGGCCACGCCAGAGUGGAGCCGGUGUCAGUGGGAGCAGAUCGGCAGGAUCUACAGCGACCUCUCCAACUGCACCGUGCUGAUGGCCGAGGCGCUCUCCUGCCCCUGGCCCAGCCCUGCUCUUGACUCCUUCUUCCUGCAGAUCCACAUGGAGUAUUUCACCAACUGCACCGUGCCUGCCAGCUCCCAGCCCAGCCAGCCACCUCUGGGGCCCGUCCUAGCCAUGGCCGCCGUGCCUGCCUGCCUGACCCCUCUCCUGGUUGCUCUCACGCUCCGCAAGGCCAGGGAGGCUGAGCCAAAGCCAGACCGGCCCCUCCCCGCGGCACCAUCUGUGCUCAGCAGACAAAGGGCUUCUUCUCGCACAGUCCUGGGCAUCAACUGGAAAGGGAGAGAGAGUGUCUAG